CGAUCGACGGCAUCGGCAUUCGGCGACGUGCCGGGAAUUUACCCCGCAGCUUCGAUACGUUUCGUUAAUUUCCCCCGUCCCGCGCGCGCACCCCGCAGACCCAUCAUCGCAACAUAUAAAGAGCCCCGUGCACCGCAGCCGUGGAUUUCCCCCUUCUCUUCCCAACCAUCUCCCAUCAUCAUCAUGCCGUGCCACGCUUCUCCGCGCCGCUUCGGCGCGAGCUGCUGCGUCGUCGUCGUCCUCUGCUGGCUGCUCUCGGCUGCCGGCGCCAGGAAGCUCCGCGGGACGACGCCGGGAGAGCAGCAGCCGCAGCCGCAGCAGCUCGAGGUGCGGAACUACACGUACGCCUCCUUCGACAAGGACAAGGACGCCGGCACCACCUUACGCGUGCUCAAGGACGCGGCCAUCAACGGCGGCGCGCUGCAGCUGACCCCGGACACCCGCAACAACGACGCCUUCCUCGUCCACAAGUCCGGCUCCGUGCUCCUCGCCACCCCCUUCACCCUCUGGCGCCCCCUCACCGACGACGACCUCCCCUCCAUCGCCGGCCCGGUCCGCCCCAAUUCCCCUCCCGGAGCACGUGCACGUACGCGCGUGGUGUCAUUUAACACCAACUUCACCAUGAACGUGUUCUACGACAAGGCGUCCCCCGGCGAAGGUCUCACGUUCCUCAUCGCGCCCUCGCUCGCCGGCCCGCCUCCCGGCAGCGACGACGGCUUCCUCGGCCUCACCAACGCCACCCUCGAGACCAAUCCUUCCAAGAACCGCUUCGUCGCCAUCGAGUUCGACACGCGGAACCAAACCCACGACAACGGCAGCAACAACCACGUCGGCCUCGACAUCGGCUCCGUCGUCUCUGCCGCCACCGCAAACCUCAACGUCUCCAUCGCCAGCAACAACGUGUCGGCGCCCAACCACACGGUCUGGAUCCACUACGACGGCGUCGCGCGCCGCAUCGCGGUGUACGUGGGCGUGCACCGGAAGCCGAAGCCCGGAAAGCCCGUGCUGGAGGCCGCCCUGGACCUCAGCGAGCACGUCAACCAGGUCUCCUACCUCGGCUUCUCCGCGUCCACUGGGGACACCUUCGAGCUCAACUGCAUCCUCGACUGGACGCUCUCCAUCGAGACCUUCCCGGAGGAGCCAGAGAGUAAAGCGUGGGUGAUCAUCGUCGCCGUCGCCGUCUCCGUCGCGGUGCUCGCUUUCGCCGUCGCGGCUUUCUUCCUGGCGAGGUUGUCGAGGGCGAGGCGCGCCAUGGAGAGGAGCCAGGAGCAGCUGGGCCAGACGCUGAGCCAUCUCCCCGGGAUGCCCAGGGAGUUCGCGUACGACAAGCUGAGGAAAGCCACGAAGAAUUUCGAUGAGAGGCUCAAGCUUGGGAAGGGCGGGUAUGGAGUGGUGUACAAGGGGCUCCUGCCCGCUGAGGAAGGCAGGGCGGAGGCCAUGGAGGUCGCCGUCAAGAGGUUCACCAGGGAUGACGCCAGGUGCGUCGAGGAUUUCGUCAAGGAGGUCGACAUCAUCAACCGGCUCCGCCACAAGAACAUCGUGCCUCUUAUCGGCUGGUGCUACAAGAAAGGUCAGCUGCUGCUGGUGUACGAGUACAUGCCGAACGGGAGCCUGGACCAGCACCUGUUCCGGCGCGGCGUCCACGACCAGCGCCCGGCGCCGCUCCCCUGGUCCCGCCGCUACAGCAUCAUCGCCGACAUCGCCUCGGGGCUCCACUACGUGCACCACGAGUACGGCCGCACGGUGGUGCUCCACCGGGACAUCAAGGCCAGCAACGUGCUCCUGGACGCGUCCUUCCGGGCCAGGCUCGGCGACUUCGGCCUGGCCCGGGUCAUCGACCUCGACCGGGCCUCCUUCACCGACCUCGGCGUCGCCGGCACCCGUGGCUACAUCGCGCCGGAGUACUCCGUGGGACACAAGGCCACGCGCCAGACCGACGUCUUCGCCUUCGGGGCGCUCGUGCUGGAGCUUGUCACGGGCCGGUACUCGCUCACCGGCGACCCCGGAUGCCCGAUGCUUGCCGACUACGUGUGGCGGAUGCACGGCCGGGGCGCGCUGCUUGGGGCUGUGGAUCAGGACCUUGGCACGGCAGAGUUUGAUCACGAUGAGGCUACAAGGAUGCUGUUGCUUGGGCUGGCGUGUAGUAGCCCCAACCCUGGCGACCGGCCUACGAUGCCUGAGGUGUUGCAGGUCCUGGCUAAGGCUGCGCCGCCGCCCGAGGUGCCGCUGUUCAAGCCGACCUUCAUGUGGCCGCCCGAGGGCGCCCCGCGGUUCAGCAUUGGCGAUAUCGAGUUGACGUCUUCGACGUCGACGAGCGGCGGCGCCGGUGGGUACAGCUAUGACGGCGGGUACAUUGGGGUGUCGACGCGCGCCACGCAGGACACGUCCUACGACAGCUUCCCGCCCACCACGGCGCCGAAUGACGGCAAGGAUUACUUCCCUGCGCUGUCAUCCGGCCGGUGACGAAGCUCGAUCCUCUGUGUGUUUGUUUCUGUGCCAUGACUGGAUUUGGGGGAACUGUUACAUUUGUUCAUGAUCGGAGAAUAUAAUCACAGGAAUUGUAAAUACACGUAGUACUAAUUAGUACACGCCACGUACAUUUACUCUUUUGUUGGGUUUAGAGUUUUGUACAGAAGAAAGGGAUCGAUUGUGUUUUAGCGGCUAGCAGGAGAUUUUUUUAGUCUUGUACAGCCAGUAAAGUUUCUGUCAUGUGCAUCUGCUAGUCUUCUGAUUUCAAAAGGCGAGGCAGACCUUGUUGAUAUGUUAAUUCGAUUGUUUUUGCAGAGCAAAGAUCAGUUUCUUUUUUA